AUGACUGAUGCGCACUCUGUGUCUACUACUUUGGACGAUAUAAUCAAUGAAUUGAAAUUGACAUAUGAUUCCUCUGUUGGUUUGCUUGAUGGCGAUUCCAUUCGGACGAUACCAAAUAUCAGUACAUUAACCAAUUUGAAUAAAUUGUUGAAAAACUUGUGGAACCAGUUAGACGAGGUGGAAUCAAUAGAUAGUGAUGUGCUAAAUAAAAUACGAACUAUCAAGGAGAGUGAAAUCAAAAGUGAUUCAAAAACUUCCGAAAACGAUAAAAAACGUAAAAAUGAAGAAUUAACACCAGAACACCAGGACGAUGAAGACGAAGUGCCUAUGAGCGCAACAAAGAAACGCAAAAUUGUUGCAGCAGCGAAAGAAGCUGAUGCCAAAGAAGAAAAGGAUCUAGUAUCUGAAGCCGAUGGAAAAGUUGAAGAUGAGCUCGAUGAGAAGGAAGAAAAAGAAAACCUCAAUUCGAAAGACGACCCCAUACCACCCGUACAAACAGGAAAUUUUACACAAGACAACGAUACUAGGUUAAAGAAUCCAAAAUCAGAGUAUGUGGAACCGCAGACAUUAUCUGCGUCAGCGAUUGCAGAACUUGGGUUAUUUUCCGAAGAAAACAAUGGUUUGGAAACACAAGGAAGAGAAUACUUGAAAAAGAAAUAUGGAGUUGCUUCGUAUCCAGAAAGAGACUUGCAGGAUUUAUUACCUGGGGAAAUACCAAAUAUCGAUUUUUCCAAAAAUAAACCACCAAGCAACCAGGUGCAGUUCACUACUUUCCAAUCCUAUAUUGAAUCCUAUUUUAGACCGUAUCUGACUGAAGAUAUAAAAUUUCUAAAAGAGCGAAAUGUGGUACCCCCUGGGUUUGAAAAGCAAGGCUAUGAUGCAGAUGUUACUCCGUUUAUAAUACCGAAAUUGGGUAAAUUUUAUGCGGAUCUUUGGUCGGAAGAGGAUUCCACUCUCGGUUCAAAAUUGAAUUCGCCAGCCUUCCAGCAGCCGUCCUCUGAUUCUUAUAAACCAAAGGGGUCUAUUGAAGGGUUGACUGAUGAAGCAUUGUUCACAGAAGAUAUUUCGUGUGGGCCGCUUUCCAAUAGAUUGUUGUCUGCUAUUUUAAGUAACCGAGAAGGCGGAUUAAGUGAUGAAGAAGAUGCACCAGCCAAUGAUUCCAAGUCAGAAACGAAAGAUGCAAGCAAAUCAUCAUUGGCUGAGGAGGAAGUUGCCACACAAUUGAACAGUGAGGAAGAUUAUAAGUUAUCGGCAGAGCAAAACGAUUUUCAGACAAUUGAAGAAAGGCUCAAACGUGAACUAAAAUAUAUUGGAAUCUUUAUGAAUUUACCGACUACUGGAGAAUCCAAACCUAAAGCGAAGCAGGCAAAUGGAAGAGCUGCAAAAAAAAUAUCGGCUAGCAUUAUUGAUAACGACGAAUGGAUCAAGAAUAAGGAGGAUGAUGAAGUUUGUGCGGAAAUUAGAAAGCUACAAAGGGAGUUGAAAGAAGUAACGAGCAGAAAUAGAGCCAAUAGAAAAAAAUUGAUUCCUUUGGUUGAAGAGCAUAUUGCAUACCAGGAAUAUUGCGCAAUACUUGAAGACCUUGAUAAACAAGUAGACCUGGCUUAUAUGAAGAGACUUAAGGGUAAGGGUAAAAAGAAAAGACUGGACGUGGUAACGCCACAACAACAAGCACUUAAUAGUGGGUUGAGAGCGUUAUUGGAAAAGAGACGAAGAUGGAUAGACAAUAUUGGAAAAUUGUUUCCUGUUGCUGAAAAAAUGAAACGCGUUCCUAGUGAGUCCAUAUUGAUACGUGAAGGUGUGGUAGAGUCAGAGCAAGUUGACGAUGACAAUAACGAAAAUACCUCCCCUGCGGUAGAUAUGUUAACACAGAAAUCACUAUAA